AUGCAGCAGGCCGAAAUGACGCGAUUGCAGCCCAAAACGGGUAAUAAGCUGAUUGAUAUGCUACACGAGAACGGUAUCCCGAUCGGCAACAGUCUGAAGGGUCUCGAGCAGGCUAUCAAGACACAGCGUGAAAUCGAGAACACCGAUCCAGCUCAGCAGGCUCGCAGCUUAACCAGUUAUCAAUGCGCUGAGGGUUUCUGUGCUUCCGUUACGCUUAAUUAG